AUGUUCGUUCUUUACGAAACACCGGCAGGAUAUGCCAUAUUCAAGCUGUUGGAUGACAACAAAUUCAAGGAGAUCGAUAAUCUGUACCUGGAGUUUGAAACACCGGAGAAGGCCAACAAGAUCGUCAAGCUAAAGCACUUUGAAAAGUUUGCCGACACUACGGAAGCUCUUUCGGCGGCCACCGCUGCCGUGGAGGGCAAACUGUCCAAGCCGUUGAAGAAGGCACUGAAGAAGCUGGUGGUGGAUGAUGUCCAGAAUGAGCUGCUCGUUGCCGACGCCAAGCUCGGUAACGCGAUCAAGGACAAAAUGUCGCUGCAGUGCGUGGCCAACACGUCGGUGCAGGAGCUGAUGCGUUGCAUCCGCACGCAGUCGGAAAGCUUGCUCUCCGGGCUGCCCAAGAAGGAGAUGACGGCCAUGUCGCUGGGUUUGGCCCAUUCGCUUUCUCGCUACAAGCUCAAGUUCUCGCCCGACAAGAUCGAUACGAUGAUCGUGCAGGCACAGUGCCUGCUGGAUGAUCUGGACAAGGAGCUGAACAACUACAUGAUGCGCGUACGGGAAUGGUACGGCUGGCACUUCCCCGAACUGGGAAAGAUUCUGACCGACAACGUAGCGUACGUGAAGACCAUCAAGUUGGUCGGUAUGCGUGAAAACAUGGCCGAUACCGAUUUGUCCGAUAUUUUGAUGGAAGAGGUUGAGCAGAAAGUGAAGGAAGCGGCUGAAAUUUCGAUGGGCACGGAAAUCUCGGAAGAAGACAUCACCAACAUCCAGAGUCUGUGCGAUGAGAUCAUCUCGAUCACUGAAUAUCGUACCCAUCUGGCCGACUAUCUGAAGGCGCGUAUGAUGGCCAUGGCACCUAACUUGACUGUGCUAGUGGGCGAGCAGGUCGGUGCUAGGUUGAUCGCUCACUCGGGCUCCUUGGUCAAUCUGGCGAAGCAUCCUGCUUCGACGCUUCAGAUUUUGGGUGCGGAAAAGGCGCUGUUCCGUGCGCUCAAGGCCAAGAAGGACACACCCAAGUACGGUUUGAUCUUCCAUGCCGGAAUGGUCGGUUCCGCGAGCAUCAAGAACAAGGGUCGCAUCUCGCGAUCACUGGCCGCGAAGGCUUCGCUGGCCACCCGUGUGGACGCGUUCGGUGACGAUGUGACCAUGCAGCUGGGCAUUGACCACAGGGCGAAGCUGGAAACGAGGCUUCGCAUGCUGGAGGAGGGCAACAACAAGCGGCUGUCGGGCGUGAAGGCGAAGGCUAAGCUGCAGAAGUUCCACGCCGUCAGCGAGGUGAAAACGUUCAAGGUCGCCACCGACAGUACGCUUCCUUCCACCUCGUCGAAGAAGCUGAAGGCUGAGGAUGAAGCGGCCAAUGCACCUUCGCCCAAAAAGAAGAAGAUUGAGGAGAUAGAGCCGGAAAUGGGAGAACCCUCAACCGAAAAGAAGAAGAAAAAGAAGAAGAAGAACAAGGAAGAAGGAGCGGCCGAAGAAACCAUGAUGGACGAUAGCGUCGCCGCGGCGGAGGAGGAGACACCGACGUCGACAAAAAAGAAUAAAAAAUCCAAAGCGAAAAAGGCAGCCGCCGAGCAGGAUGAUGAGUAGGGCGGGGUUUUGGUUCGUGGUAGGAUUUAGAAAGUUACACUAAAAGGUACAUAGAUUUAUGUAUAUCUUAAGAGCCAGAAUGGGAGGUAGCGGGAGAAUGUUGAUAACAGUUUUAUCUCCUUGACUUACACUCGCUCGUUGACAGUGACAUGUUAGGAAAAGGGCAAUGCGCGCCGCCGUGCUGUAUAUGUUGUACAGCAUAGUAACACUUUAAAAACCCAGCCAAGUUAACCAGCUGGUUAAUGAAAUUCAGCAUUGCUUUACUGUACCAGUUCCAACCUCCAGCACGGCCCGGUUUUUUUUGGAAUUUAUCUAUUUCCAGAAAAGUAAGGCAUCGUGUUUCUAAUCAUACUAUAACCGGGUACCAAUAGAAUCGCUCUUGCAAUCUACCAGCGAAACAAAAAAAUUAUAGGUUUUUUUUACUUUCAUCCCUUUUAAAUUCUUGUUAAAGUAUAAUUUUGAUGUAUUUACUGUCAGCAGUUAUACUCGCUCUUUUAUUACACUCAACAACGUGUAAUUAAUGUACGAUUGUUAGAGGGUUUUUUUUCGUCUCCGGCAGAUAAGGAUACUAUGUAGUGCGUAAGAUAAAUGUAAAACUGAAUAUUUUUUGCAAAAUACAUAGAAUUCUAAGUGAAA